AUGCCGGAGUCCUUCGCCAUCCACGUCCUCAAGGUGCUGAGGGAGCUGCUGGCCUUCGUGCUGUUCAGCUACACGGUGCUGCUCGGGGCACUGCUCCUCGCUGGCUGGACCACCUACUUCUUGGUGCUCAAAUGAGGGCUCUGCUCCUGCUCUUGCUCCUGCUCCUGCAGCCACCUGCUUUCCAGAGGCAACCAGCUCUGCAGUGCCCGGCACACGGGAUGGACAGCCCUUCUUCCCCCUGCGCCAAACCUGCAAAUGUUUUGUGUCCUUACAGCCUCACCACAACCUUAUUUUCUUAUGUAAAAACAAUAAAGAUUAAAAGAAAAGGUA